GUCGUUUUUAAAGGAGUGGCUUCUUUGAGAGUUGAGACGUAAACGCCGUUGUUUUGGUUUUACAGGUUUAGGGAGAAGCGGAAGCAUGUCCCAAGCAAAGAGUGAGCUUCGUCGGAGAAGCCAACUUCUACCUGCGUUAUAACUACUUAGCACGAAGUGAACAUCGUUUGACAGCAUUAUAGCACUAUAAUUUCAUCAAGUAUAGAACGAUUGGCAUGGAGAAAGGAAAGCAUAAAACGAUGGAAGAAGAUUUGUCAACUUGCGACUCCAGAUUUCAGAAGUUGAAUAAUGAAGUGAGUGCGGAUGGUCACAAGGAUAGGAUAGGCAAUUUACCGGACGAAAUCAUUCAACACAUUUUAAGUUUACUGCCAACAAAAGAUGCUGUUAGAACAAGUGUAUUGUCUAGAAGGUGGCAUUCCCAAUGGGUGUUUGUCACCAAUCUGGACAUCUCAGAAUUUGCACCAAAUAUGAACCAGAAGAGGUCACUUUUCAUGGAUUUUGUGGAUAGAGUUAUUGCACUCCAUAAACCAUUGGAUCUCAAUCUUUUUGCACUGGCUUGUAAAGUAUUUGGCGAUGCUUCUCGCAUCAAUUCAUGGGUAUGUGCUGCAGUAAAGCACAAUGUUCAGCACUUGCUUCUUUUGCUUCAUCAGAUUCAUCUAGAGCCUCUUGAAUUGCCUCAUUGCCUAUUUACAUGCGAAACACUCAGGAAGGCUGUUAUAAUGGCAGAUAUUUUGCUCAAGCUUCCAUCUUCUAUUCACUUUUCGAAUUUGAAGUUGUUGACUCUUCAGUAUGUUGUUUUUCCCGACAAUGAGUCCACUCAACAACUAUUUUCUGGCUUGCCUGUCCUGGAGGAGCUAACAUUGGAUAGAUGCUGCUGGUGGAAUGUUGAAACUGUUACGAUAGCACUUCCCAUGCUUAAGAAGUUGGAUAUAACAGAAAAUGUAGCAGACUGUGAUGAUUGUCUGUUCUUUAUUGUUGCAGAGAACCUCAAAUCCUUUUAUUACAUUGGUACACUCCGAAAUGACUAUUACAUCUGUGACUCUGUAUCCAUUGUUGGUGGAUUAAUGGGCAUGUGCGGCACAGAUGACAUCGGAGAGAGUAGCAGACAAAAAGAAGUUGCUCAUAGAGCUGCUAGGCUUCUUAAUGGGAUCUCUUGCGUGAAAGAACUAAUGCUAACUCCUUAUGCAUUUGAGGUUCUCACAUAUUCUAAAAAAUUAUGUGCCUGCAUGCCUGAUUUAUACAAAUUGACAUACCUUGGAUUUCUUUCACUGGGAACGGCGAUCAAUUUUGGUAGUGGAACACUGGCCAAGUUCCUCCAGAAAUUACCAUGUCUUGAAUUACUCAUUUUCCAAUCGGGCAUUUGUUUGUCUGGGAAUCAUGAAGAAGGAAGUUGGAUACUGGAUCCUAUACCUUCUUGUUUCUCAAGUCAUCUCAAGUUAAUUAGGAUUAGUCAAUUCUGUGGAACAGAUGGGGAACUGCAAGUAGUGAAGAGUUUGCUUAAACAUGCCGAAAUUUUACUGCAAAUGGAUAUAAUAUGUCAUCAUGAUAAAUUUUGUGGUGGUUUGGAAAGGGAAAGGGAUGUUCUUAAACAAUUACAAAUGCUUCCUAGAGCCUCCACUUACUGCACAAUCAGUUUUGCUUGAGCCAUUGUAUGGACCUUUACGGCAGAAGAGAUCUACACUGCGAUUAUGUGUUUGCUUUUGGGGAUUUAGACUUUAGUCACUGACAGGAGAUGGGAGGUAUAGAAAGUUGGAGUUCACCAACAGAAAAAAGGGUAUAGAAGUUGGAAGUUGCAACACGAAUGAUAGAUUCAUACUUUUGUAGCAAGUCGCUAAAAUUCUUUUCAAGCACUUCUAUAGUAAUUUUGAAUCAAUUAUACUUGAUCUAUGUAUUCAGCCUGGAUAUAAUAGUGUAAAAAUUGCUGUAAAUUUGAAAAGAAAAAAAAUAUAGCGCCUUUAUAGA